AUGCGGUUGUGGUUUAAAAGGGAUCAAGGAACAGAAUACCAUAUGAUGGAGCAAAGAAAGCCCCUUUAUCCCAAUGAGCACGAAACGGACGAUACGGCGAGGAUUCUGGUUGACGGCAGCCAUGGCCACGACGACGAAGAGGAGCAUUGUUAUGAAGAUCAUGCCUUCUACAACGGCUCCAACAACAACGACGACGGCUCACGGACACAUUGUCAUUUGAUGAGAGGAUGGCCAGGUGGACUAUGUCAGGACCGACGUGCCGAGCGUGUGCUAUGGGCUGUCGCCUGCCUAUCUGCGUUUUUCAUAUGCCUCGAGCUGGUUGGAGGCUACCUCGCCCACAGCCUGGCCAUCAUGUCUGAUGCAGGACAUAUGGUUUCUGACCUCGUCUCAUUCCUGAUUUCGAUCUGUGCUAUUCGAUGGGCUCGUGCGGCACCCACUCGUCGUCUAUCAUUCGGAUACGCGAGAGCCGAAGUGCUCGGAGCUUGCAUGUCGCUGAUUAUCCUCUGGAUAAUCACCGUCGUUCUCGUGAUUUUUGCGGCACAGAGGAUUAUCGAGGGUAAAUACGAGAUUGAGGGCAACACUAUGCUUUAUACAUCUGGAGCCGGGGUAAUUUUCAACAUCAUUAUGGCCACCAUUCUUCAAUGUGGCGGUCACGGGCACACUCACCACGGAAUGGCUCCUUCUCACUCGCAUUCUCAUUCUCAUGCCCAUGGUCAUUCUCAUGAUGCUGAGACGUCUUCAGUCACCUCUCAUGCCCAGAAUGUGAACGUUCGAGCCGCUUUUAUUCACGUCGUUGGCGAUCUGAUCCAAUCAUUUGGGGUUCUGAUUUCUGCUGUCGUCGUUAAGUACACCGACUAUCAAAUUGCCGAUCCACUCUGCACAUUCUUCUUCUCGAUUAUCGUUCUCUUCACAUCGAUCCCAGUAUUGCGAGAUAUUGGAACGCUUCUGAUGGAAGGAGUUCCGAAGCACGUCGAUGUCACGGAUAUCACAAAGGAUCUUCUUGGAAUGCAGGGUGUCAAGGGUGUUCAUGAUCUUCACGUUUGGGCGUUGAAUAUGGAAAAGGUGGCGAUGUCGGCCCAUCUGGCUGUUGAAUCGGCCGAACGUGCUGUCUACACGGCGGCUGAUGCGCGGAGAAUGCUGGCUAACAAAUACCCGUUGCACUCGAUUACCCUCCAAACGGAAGUUGCCGAUAAGACAAUGGACACAUGCCAAAGUUGUCGGGAAGUCGUC